AAAGCAGCAGAUGCCACCACUCAAUGGGGUCAAUCUCUGCUUGAAACUCCGGAAUAGUGAGGUGAAGAUUCUCGUUCUCUCUAUACUGAGAUCCAAAUCUUUGAUUUCAUUGGAAAAAUCGAUACUUCCCCGGAAAUUCUCAUAUUUCAAUUUCCAUGGCAAAUGCCUGGAAAAGAUUGAACAACUACAAACAAUCAAAGCUCUCGUGGUUCAAGACGCUCACCAUUGUUCUCUUCACCUCUCUCUCCCUCCUGUUAACCUUCCUCUUCUUCACCUCCAACGCAAUCACCACCACCAGAACCUCCUAUAUUUCUCUGAAUCCUCAUCGCUUCCCAAUCCCUCCCUUUAACUGCCUAAAUUGUCCUCAAGCUCACCCCGUCGUCGCCAAUCUCGUCGAGAACGUACGGUACCCUUUCCUCUACUCCCUCGCCGACCUCGGAAAUCUACCCGACAAGCCCCAUAAGAAUAUCGUGCGCCUCCUCAAAGGAAAGCUCUUCCGAAAGCCAGACAUUUCCGCCACAAUUCAGGAGGUUCUGGAGAAGAUUCGGGGUCAGAAGGGUAGGAGUGUUGAUGGUGGGUUUGUAGUUGAUGUUGGAGCUAAUUUAGGGAUGGCGAGCUUUGCAGCGGCCGCAAUGGGGUUCAGGGUUUUGGCAUUUGAACCAGUUUUCGAGAAUCUACAGCGGAUUUGUGAUGGGAUUUGGUUCAAUAGGGUUGCCGAACUGGUUACUGUGUUUGAGGCCGCCGCCUCUGAUCGCACCGGGAAUAUUACUUUUUAUAAGUUGGUCGGUCGACUUGACAAUAGUGCUGUUUCAGCCACUGGGGCAAAGUUGGCAUUCAAGUCCAAUGAAGAAGUAGCAGUUCAAGUAAGGACUAUCCCUCUAGAUGAUGUAGUUCCUGAAUCAGAGCCUGUGCUGCUGCUUAAAAUAGAUGUUCAAGGGUGGGAAUACCAUGUCUUGAAGGGAGCCAAAAAGUUACUGUCAAGGAAAAAAAGUGAAGCCCCGUACCUAAUCUAUGAGGAGGAUGAGCGAUUGUUGCAAGCCAGCAACAGCAGCGCCAAAGAAAUCCGAGAAUUCCUUCGUACUGUUGGCUACAACCAUUGCACCCAACAUGGUACAGAUGCCCAUUGCACCAAGGACUGAUUGAUGAAGCAUGCUAAAUUCAUCAUGGUAAUCAGAAACUACCUGCAUUGUCGACACUUCUUUUUGGGCGAUGAAAUGCAAUCUGGUUGGUUCUUACUGGCACUGAUUGUUUGAUUUUUUUUCUAUAACAAAGAACAGUUCCAGUAUUAUUAAUAGAAAUGAAAUUCCCUGUAACCCAAAAGCUCCAUACUUUACCAAUAGAGUACAGUGGAGGUUUUCCUUCAUGUUUCAGAGCAGCUGAAUUUAAUGGAUUUAAGUGACUCUGUCCAUUCCGAGACAACAUUGUACUAAUUUUGUUAUGUAAGUGCAUUUUUUUUUGGAA